CAUCACUGAGCUCCGUACACACGCAGACCUUGGAAGACCCUGGCGAUUCGCUCAUGGUUAUUAAAAUGAUUAAAAAUCUUCAAAAACUCGAUACAAAGUGUUCAGCAACAGAAUAUUACAGCGUCGUUUGUAACUUAGCAACUAUUUUGAAUGUGGCGCGCUGUCAUGUUUGAAAUUCAAUUUAAAAAUUAUAUAGUUCACGCAUUACAUCCAAACUUUGUCAAGCACAAACUGGAUUUAAUUUCAGAUUUACCAGCCGGAAUUCAAUUCAGCGAUUAAUCUAUUUUUUAUAGAUUUCAAUUCAACCAUUUCAUAAUAUAAGACAUAAAACAAAUAUUUCUAUCGUUAAAUAUUUUUGAAAACUAAACACUUUAAAACAAAAUCAAAAAUACUUAUAAAAAAGGAAAAAAAUAAUUACAAAUUUAAAUUAAAUUGUAAAUUGAUGUAUCUCGUGACCGGAGAGGGCUGUAAAUUAUCGGGCUCAGAGAAUCAGCAUUGCCAUUCAAAAUCGGCAAUGCUGCCAGCCUUCUGGGCACACUCCCUCAAGUUGAUGAUAUGCAGGGACUAAAUAAAAAAAGUUUUAAUGUGAAAACAAAAAGGUGGCAUAAAUAUCGGUUUCCAUGGCAACAGCUUCAUGUCAACAGACGCGCCGCUUAUCCUUAUAUUGCUGUGAAGAAAUUUAUUAAGAAAGGAAACAGAGAAAAGCAAAAUGAUUCUCUCCCGGUCUAAGCCAGCUACAGACAGCCGAGCCAGCACAGGCAGCAGCUCAGCCAAGAGGAGCUUGCCUGAGCUGGAAGACUUCGUCAUGAAGAGGGACUAUGUCGGCGCCCUCACUAUGUUGGAGUUCCUUAAACACGAGGGCAACACCGAGGUGUGGGCGGAGAUCUGGUCCGCCUGGUGCUGGUUCCACCUGGGGGAGUACCGGCACGCCCUGGACGCCUACCAGCAGGUCAGGGCCAGGGAGAACCUUGACACGAGGAUACUGGACAACCUCGAUAUGGACCUCGCCGUGUGCUACUUCUAUUUAGGAAUGUAUAAGGAGUCCCAAGAAGCAGUAGAAAAAGCUCCUAAUUGUGCCCUUAAGACCAGGUUGACAUUCCACUUGGCCCACAAGCGCGGUGAUGAAGACUCCCUGAUGCGGGCGCACUCCUCGCUGCGAGACGUGCCGGAAGACCAGCUCAGUCUGGCCUCGGUGCACUACCUCCGCGCUCACUACCAGGAGGCCAUCGAUGUUUAUAAGAAGUUACUGCUGGACAGGCGAUACAAAAGAUAUGAUAAAGAUGACAUGGACUGGAUUAAAGCCUUGGCACACUCGCCUAGUCAGUAUAUGGCGCUGAAUGUGUACGUGGCCCUCUGCUAUUACAAGCUGGACUACUACGACGUCUCACAGGAGGUGCUGGGAGUGUAUCUGGCACAGCACCCCACUUCCACGGUCGCGGGUAACCUGAAGGCCUGCAAUUUGUUCAGACUUUACAACGGCAAGGCAGCUGAAAAUGAAUUAAAACAAAUUUCGUCCGAGCAACACACUUUCGGUCAGGACCUCGUGAAGCAUAACCUGGUUGUGUUCAGAAAUGGCGACGGAGCACUCAAGGUACUCCCAGAGCUGGUGGACGUGGUGCCCGAAGCCCGCCUUAACCUGGCCGGCUACCGGCUCCGGGCCGGGGAGCCGGUGGAGGCCCGGGCGCUUCUCGAGCCCCUGCUGCCCACCUCGCCUCUGCAUUACAUCUUGAGGGCCGUCGUGGCUGUCAGGCUUUAUAACAAGACCGGAGAUGAGGAGCAAAUGAAACUGGCUCAACAGAGCUUCCACCUGGUAGGCAGCUCGGCGUCGGAGUGCGACACCAUCCCGGGCAGGCAAUGCAUGGCAUCCUCCUACUUCCUGGCAGCCCAGUUUGAAGAGGUUCUGGUGUAUCUCAAUUCUAUCAAGAGCUUCUUCGUCAACGAUGACACUUUUAACAUUAACUAUGCCCAGGCAAAAGUUGCCACGGGCUUCUACCGGGAGGCCGAGGAGUGUCUUCUGAGCAUCCAGGACGAAGGCAUACGCAGCUCGUUCACGUACCUGGCGUGCCUGUGCCGGUGUCACGUCAUGAACAAGGACGCUCAUCUCGCAUGGGAGAUAUGUGUUAAGACAGCAGGUACCCCGGACAGCUUCGCUCUGCUGCAGCUAGUGGCCAACGACAGCUACCGCAUGGGGCAGUUCCUGGUGGCGGCCAAGGCGUUCCACAUGCUCGACAGACUGGACGGCGGGCCGGAAAUGUGGGAGGGGCUGCGCGGCGCCGUGUGCGGGUGCGCGCAGGCGGCCGCCGCGGGCAGACACCACGCCGCUGCCGAUCUCAGGGACGCCCUCGCAUUGCUCAGAGGAUCCAGGGUUCAUCCUCGGGCGGAGAACAUCGUGCGACCAAUAGUGAAGUGGGCUCAACAGAACAGGAUACCCAUCUAAGGAUAAAAGGUUAUGAGUAGAAGCAGUACCCCAUUCCUUAUCCUAAGAAUUAACCUAUUAAAUUUUAUAUUGAAAUGUAAUAAAGAUAGUUAUUUAUUAAAACAAAUGUACCUA